AUGAAGUUAAAUCCUGCAAAAUAUGCUUUCGGAGUCCCUACUGGAAAGUUGCUGGGUUUCAUCGUCAAUCACUGCGGCAUUGAGUUAGAACCGUCAAAGAUCAAAGCUAUUAAGGACGUGCCACCGCUAAAGAGCAAGAAAGAGGUGAUGAGUUUUCUGGGCCGCCUCAAUUAUAUCAGUCGUUUUAUAGCACAAUCAACGAUAAUAUGUGAGUCGAACAUUAAAAUGCUGAGGAAAGAUGUUGUAAUGAGUUGGACUGAAGAGUGCAAGAAGGCUUUCGAUAAAAUCAAGGAGUACUUGUCCAAGUCGCCCGUGUUGGUCCUACCAGAGCCCUGGAGACCUCUACUUCUGUACCUAUCCGUGUUGGACGGAGUCUUUGGGUGCGUCCUGGGGCAACAUGAUGAAACCGAGAGAAAGGAGCAGAAAGAGGUCAAGGGGAAAGCAUUGGUCGAUCACCUGGUGGAGAACCCCAUAGACGGAGAAUACGAACUGUUAAAGAUAUAUUUUCCCGAUGAGGAAGUGUCAUUUAUAGGGGAAGAUAUUGCCGAAACAUAUGAUGGUUGGAGGAUUUUUUUGACGGAACAACAAACUUCAAAAGAGUGGGCAUCAGAGUUGUCCUGGUUGGCGAUCGACAUGAAGAUUCAGGAAUUGCUGGUAAUUAGAGAAUCAGAUCUACUGAUUCACAAGGAUAGAAUUCAAACAUGUUCCAAGAGUUCAGAUGAGUUUGCCGGUCCGUUGGCUACUUUUUCUUCCAUGAUACAACAUCCAUACGAGAAUUUUAUUGAUCCUAUCUCGAUAGAGAUUCGAAAGCAACCAGCUUAUUGUGUUAAUGUUGAAGAUGAGUUUGAUGGAAAUCCAUGGUUUCACGACAUCAAGGAGUAUUUGGAGAAAGGAGAAUACCAGGAAAUGCUACACACACUCAUAAGUGUACGCUUUGAAGAUUGGCCAACCAUUUCUUUAAUAGCAGAGGAAUUCUGUAUAGAAGGACUCCUGACUUGGGAUUGCUGUGAUGUGUCGAUGCCAUGGAGGCAUCUAGGUUGCUUGAAUAGAUACACGCCAGAACCUGCAGACCUCACAUGA